ACAUUAAUCAAACUUGUCCAAGACAAGUGUCGGUUCAUUAUGCAUCACAAAAGGGCAAUCGAGAGUAGCCCGUUACGGGCAUAUAGGUCUGCGCUUCUGUUCAGCCCAGAACAUAGCCUAAUCAGACAGUUUUUCAAGCAAGAGGAGCUAACAUGGGCUACGAUAAAGCCGGCUAUGAGUGACGGAUGGAGUGCCUGCCUCCAGACACUUGAGAUCCACAGCGAUUGGGUCAACCCGGCGGCCUUCUCCCACGACUCGGCUCAGCUAGCGUCGUUGUCAGGUGACAGGACGGUCAAGGUCUGGGACGUGAGCAGCGACGACGGCCUCCAGACGCUCAAGGGCCACAGUGAUUCGGCCUUGUCAGUGGCUUUCUUUCAUGACUCGGCCCGACUGGCGUCGGCACCAAGCGAC